GGGGCACGAUGGCAGAGAGUUUCUGGGUGAAGAAGUUUGUGGUGGCUCAUGGAGCUUCCAUUCACCAGCCUGGAAAUCGCGUUCAUUUUAUUGGCUUUUGUUAUCUUUUCCUUAUUUACUCUGGCUUCCAUCUACACUAACCCAGACGAGAGGAAUGAAGAGCAUGAGCAUGAAAAGAAGAAGAAGAAGAAGAAGGAGAAGGAGAAGGAGAAG